AUGGCGGAGUUCUUCGACACAAUCGCCGACGUAGGCAGCGACGAGGAGGAGGAUGAGGACUUUGAUGGCGAGGCUGGCGACGCCGUUGAACCCAGGCCGAAGAAGACAAAUGGCACAAAUGGCAUCGACGACUCCAGCGAGGAGGAAGAUGACGACGACGAAGACAGGCUGCGACAGGAAGGUGAAGGCUUCAUCGCAGACGAGGACGAAGAAGACGAGGUCGCGGAGCGCAAACGUCGGCGCAGGAAGAGGAAGAAGGACCGUCACGAGGAAGAGGCCCUAGAUGACGAGGAUCUCGACCUGAUCGGUGUCGAGGUUGAGCGCCCGGCAGAAGAACAGUCGAGGUUCAAGCGCCUGAAGCGUGGCCACAAGGAGCGCGUCAAGUCCCGCGGCGUGGACGACAUCUUCUCCGACGACGAAGUAAACGAAGACUACGACGAGCCGCGCGGGCGCCUUGGCGACGAAUUCGACGACUUUAUUGAGGACGACAAGUUCGAAGACGAGAUCGAAGACGACCGCGACGUCACACAACCAGGCAUAAACCUGAUCACAAAGGGACUGCAAGCUGCAGGUCUGGACGAGGGAGCAGAAGAAGACUACAGGGCUGCCUUUGGUGAUGGCACAGAUUACGACUGGGCGCUGGAGAUGCAAGAGGCGGAAGAGGACGAGCAAGCUGGUGAAGGCCGUGAGCUUCAACUCAAGGAUGUCUUCGAGCCAUCGCAACUACAGGAGCGCAUGCUUACGGAUGAGGACAACGUCAUCCGCGAGACCGACAUUCCCGAGCGAUUGCAGCUAGCCCGGAGAUCCUUCAAGGAGAUCGAGCUCACGCCAGAAGACAUGCAAGCACGCUUGACAGAAGAGGCCACCUGGAUCAGCAAUAUGCUGUGGCCAAAGAAGGGCCUCCCCCGCUACUUCCUGCAACCUUUCGAGAAAGCUGUGCGCAAGGUCCUGGAGUUUAUCAAUCUCGAAGACUACGAAGUGCCCUUCAUCUUCAACCACCGCAAAGACUACCUUAUCCACGCCCCAAGCGACAAUGACGAUUACGACGAUAUCGACAACCCGCCGCCCAUGGAUGCACGACCAGAGCGCUUGCUGAACCAGGCCGAUCUGUGGGAAGUAUUCGAAUUCGACCUCAAGUUCAGGGCCUUUGCAGAGAAGCGCGACGCCCUCAAGCAAAACUACGAGAACCUGAAGAGUGUAUACUCCGACAUCACUGAUCCUGAGAUCGAGGAGUUGGCAGCCAAGGCCAUUACUAUCGAAGAAAUCCAGGAACUUCAAGAUUGCCUACACUACAAGUAUUCGCAAGAGAUCAACGAGGUCCGACAAGAAGUGAACGGAACACAGAAGCGUGCCAACAACGCGCGCAGCUUCUUCGAUAAGUUGAGGGGCGGUAAAGCCAAUCAACUCGUCAAAGCGAUCGGCAUCACACCUGAGGACUUUGCAAAGAAGAUUGAUGGGUCAAAUCGAGGCGCGCAUACAAUUGAGGACCCGCCAUACAAGGUUGAAGAGCUCGCCGACCAGAUGGCUGACGCUCCAGAGACUGGCGCCACUCUUCUCAGGUCUGCGAAGCUCUUGUAUGUUCAGGAUUUGCAAAUGUGCUCACGCCUCCGUCGAUACUUGCGUGGUAGCUUCUACCAGAACGCCCAGAUCGACUGCAUUCGCACUGACAAGGGCAUGCGAAAGAUUACAGAGGACCACCCCUACUACGAAUUCAAGUACCUACGUGGGGUCACAUUUUCGGAUCUUCAAGGUCGACCGGAUCUCUUUUUGAAGAUGCUGAAGGCCGAGGCGGAAGGUCUUGUACAAGUCCGAAUCUCCAUGGGCAAUUACAGGAACUUCAAGACAAAGCUUGAGGAAAAGAUCAUCUCCGAAGGUGUCAGUGAAGUCUCUGACACUUGGAACGCCCUCCGUAAGGAACUGCUCGGCGCGGCGCUAGACAAGCUACAGGUUGUCAUCGCCAACGGUGUCAAAGAAACUCUGCGUGCUCGAUGUGAGGAUGAACUCGCCGCAUCAGCAAGAGAGAACUACUACAACAAGCUUGAUCAAGCGCCCUACAAGCUGAAGAGUGCACCUCUCGGAUCUGUACCCAACGUUCUCUGCCUGGCCAACGGUAAAGGCCAACGUGGAGACGCGAUCAUGUGGGCCUACGUCGAGAACGAUGGGCGGGUACUUGAGCACGGCCGUUUGGUGGAGAUGCGCCUUGGAAAUGCGGAGCGCGGUAUUCCUGAAGGCCAGGACAUCGACAAAUUUGUUGACGUGAUUCAGCGCCGCCGACCAGACGUGAUUGGUGUCUCUGGCUUCUCGGUCGAGACACGCAAACUGUACAAGGACCUUCAGGAAAUCAUCGGCCAGCGAGGCCUGACUGGCCCCGCCUACGAGGACGAGGACACCGGUGAAGAGAGGAACGAGCCACUGGAAGUGAUCUUGGUCAAUGAUGAGGUCGCUCGUCUCUAUCAUACAAGUGGUCGGGCUAUCGCCGAGUUCCCCAAGUAUCCCGCGCUAACGAGGUACUGUGUUGCUCUCGGACGGUACUUGCAAAAUCCAUUGGCGGAAUACGCAUCACUCGGCAAAGACAUCGUUUCGAUACCCUUUAUCCCCAACCAAACCUUGAUACCACAAGAGAAGCUCCUGGACCGACUAGAGACCGCGAUGGUGGAUAUGGUCAACCUCGUGGGUAUCGACCUACCGGAGACGUACGACGACAAAUACCUCUCGAAGUUGAUUCCUUACGUGUGUGGUCUGGGUCCUCGUAAGGCUGAUCGCUUGAUCAAGGCCAUUCAGGCCAACAGCGAUGAGAUUCUGUCACGUUUCGACCUCCUUGGUGUGUCUGAGUCUAGGGACCUCAAGGCAGCCAUGGGUCCCAAAGUCUUCCAGAAUUGCGCCAGUUUCCUUUACAUCCCCUACGAUUCAACAGAAGAGUCCUCCGACUACUUGGACUACACCCGUGUACAUCCAGAAGACUACGAUCUUGCCAGGAAGAUGGUCGCUGACGCCCUUAACAUGGACGAAGAGGAUGUUAAGGCCGAGACUGACGAAGGUGGACCCAGUGCCGUUGUUAGGAAGAUGGUGCGGGAGGAGACCACCGAUCUGGUCAACGACCUAGCUCUGGAAGACUACGCGGCGGAGAUUGAGCGCAACUUUGGACAGCGCAAGCGUGCAACACUCGAGACCAUUCGCGCCGAGCUCGACAAUCCUUACGAGGAGAUCCGACAAAUCUUUGCGCUGCUGUCUGGUGCUGAGCUGUUCACAAUGCUGACUGGUGAGACGGAGGAGACUCUCUACGAGGGUAUGGUCGUACCCGUUACCAUCAGGCGAACAUUCCCAGACCACAUCGAGGUCAAGCUGGAAUGCGGCAUCGAAGGUGGCGUCUCUGAAUCAGAGUUUCCAGAGGGUGUUGGCAGUGGCGGACAAGAACCUCGCCACGUCUACCAGAGCCACCAGAUCGUGCGCGCACGUAUCGUGUACCUCAACCGCAAGGCUCUCACCGCACAACUGUCGCUCCGAGACGAUCUCAUUCGAGCGCCAGAGAAGAAGCCCUACAAUCGCGCAGCUGGUGAGUGGGAUGACGCACAAGAAGCUCAAGACAAGAAAGCUGCCGAGAAGGAAAAGGAAGUUGCUUCUGGUCGGCCCAACCGUGUCGUCAACCACCCUCUCUUCUUCGCCUUCAACACCAUGCAAGCCGAAGAGUACCUCGGUGGUAAGGAGACCGGUGACUUGGUCAUUCGUCCAUCCUCGAAGGGUUUCGACCAUCUAGUCGUCACAUGGAAAGUAUCCAACAACGCCUACCAACAUCUCGACGUUCUCGAGAUGAACAAGGCAAACCAAUUUUCGCUCGGAAAGCAGCUCAAGAUUGGAAAGCACACAUACUCCGAUCUCGACGAGUUGAUCGUCAACCACGUCGAGGCUAUGGCACGCAAGGUCACAGAGAUCACACGAGACGAGCGAUUCCAACCCGGCACACGAGAAGAUACUGAGAAAUGGCUAGAGAACUACUGCGAAGCCAACCCUUCACGUUCCAUGUACGCCUUCUGCAGCAUGCCCAAGUACCCCGGCCACUUCUGGAUCUGCUUCCAGAUGAGCGCCCGCGGACCCAAGGGAGCCUGGGGCAUCAAGGUCGUCCCCAACGCAUUCGAACUCCACAAGAACGUCUACCCCGAUAUGCUGGCGCUCAAGAACGGCUUCAAGCUGUUGAUCAGCACGGCUAGCAAAGCGCAACCCAGGCGCUGA